GUGUCUGUGAAUGAGCAUCGCGCGGUUAACGCGUAUUAUAUAUGUUUACUAAGCUGCGGGAUGCUGCGAGAUUACGCGAUAAGAUAUUUUCAUUAAAUCAAUCGAUUGCAGUUACGCGUUCUUAUGCGAGUGUGUGUGUGCGCGUGUGGCGAGGUAUUGUUCGGAAAGCGUCAUUACUAUUUUUUCUCUCUCUCUCUCUGCCUCGUUCGAUCGCACGCCGUGAAAAUCCUCUUGCACCGCACACACAAUUGCUUAUAAGGUGCUCUUGACCAUGUAGUCUUGGCUAUUAUUACGUUGUUGCUCGCAGUCGUUCUAUCCUCGGCGCUUUUCAUCGCGUUUCGUCUGCCUUUUUUUUGUUGUUUUUUUUUUCUCACGCUCGAAAUCAUGAUCGAAUUCGGAAAAUGUAACCGCGAGCGAUCGUGAUAUCGUUAUCAUUGUGAGCAAGUGUGUCGAUCGUAAUUAAGAGGCAAUAUAAAAAGCAUAUACAGGAAUCGCUGGCGACCAAGUGAAUAUACACAAUUAUGGCUCCGGACGUGGGGGACGGCCUGCUGCAGUGCCCGUUGUCCGGCAUCGGGCUUGAAGCGACGACGACGAUGGAAGAGGAGCAGCGGUCCAAAAUUACGGCGACGCCGCGAGACGACGACGACGACGACGAUAAGGUCGAUCGCGAGCGGGACAAAGUCAUCGCCGAGUACAACGCCAGAUUCGAGAACGAGUGGAUGGUGCUGCGCGACGACGUCAAGUGGGACAUGGUCACGGUGAUCGUGCUCUAUCACGCUCUGGCCCUCUACGGCCUCGUCACGGCCCAAGUGCUGCAGCACAAGAGGACGAUUCUAUGGGCGAUCUUCGUCGCGCUGUGCAACGCGUUCGGCGUCACCGCUGGCGUGCAUCGUCUCUGGACGCAUCGUUCCUACAAAGCCAACACCGCGCUGAGAUCCAUCCUGAUGAUUUGUUUCUUCAGCGCUGGACAGAAUUCCAUCUAUCAAUGGGUGCGCGACCAUCGGGUGCACCACAAGUUCUCGGAGACGGACGCGGAUCCGCACAACAGUCGUCGGGGCUUCUUCUUCUCGCACGUCGGCUGGCUCAUGCUGAAAAAGCACCCGGAGGUGCUGGCCAAGGGCCAGAAGAUCGACAUGAGCGACAUCCUCGCGGAUCCGGUGGUGCGUUUCGGCGAGAAAUACUUCCUGCCGCUGAAGACUCUGGCCUGCUUCUUGGUGCCGAUCCUGGUGCCGGUCUACUGCUGGAACGAGGACUGGUACCACGCGACCAUGGCCCAGGUGGUGCGCCACGUGCUGUCGCUCAACGCCACCUGGAGCGUCAACAGCUGGGCCCACAUGUUCGGCAACAAGCCCUACGACAAGGAAAUCGCUCCGGUGGAGAGCCGCUGGGUGUCGUACUGGUCGAUGGGCGAGGGCUGGCACAACUACCAUCACACCUUUCCCUGGGACUACAGAGCGGCGGAGAUCGGCGGGGGCCGCUUCAAUCUGACCACGCUGCUGAUCGACGGCUUCGCCAAGUUAGGCUGGGCCUACGAUCGCAAGGAGCCCGCGAGAUCGGUCAUCGAGAGGGUCAUAGAGAGGCGGGGCGACGGCACCCACGAGUCCAAGCAGCAUCAGCACAAAGAUUGAUGUUGUAUAAUAAUUAUAAUUUUAAUGCAAAAAACAUAAAAAAAAGAAAAAAACAAGAAAGAAAGAAAAUUGAGAAAAUUCAAGUAUAAUCGUAUCGUUGUUGCUUAAUUUUUUGGCGU